CUUUACAGGUCAACGAAGUGACCCCAUUCUUCAGUUUUCCGUUGAUCCUUGUUUGUUCUUGCGAAGUACGUGUCGAGCGAUCGAGUACUUUCAAUAUUCUUGGGACUGCAUGACCCGCCGUUGUAGCUUCUGUCGCGAAUGUUUACUGAGUUCGUUCUCGAUGAUGCAGUUGAUGAAAAUUCAGAAGCAGCUGAUCUCGAGGAAUUGUUGCACGACGCAAAGUGGGAUGAAGAAGACGCCAUGCAAGAGUUUGUCGACGACGUUCGUAAUCGUAUACAACACGAACGCCUCAUGGUCUUCCGACUGGAAGAGGAGUAACUAUUCAUCAUAAUACCGGGCAUGAUUGAUGUAGCUAGUUGGAUUGGAAACGAUGAUAAUACAAGUAUGGUUGCCGGCCGUCUUCUCCGUUGUCUUGUUUUGUGACCACAAGGUUUUUCUCAUAGGAGCCGUUUGUUUCCUACAGUAUUUUCAGGUGAUGAAAAUGAUAACUCAACGUCCUCAAACAGGGAAGAACGCAAAUUGAUAGACGUAAGCUUGCGUAACUACGUUGGGUGCCAUCAAAUUACGUGUUGUGGAAUUAUUGCAGCGAUGGGAUUUAUGACAUUCCCCACGUGUCGAAUUUUUAUUUUUAUCUAUUCGCCAAAUUGAAUUUUAUAUAACGAAAUUGAUGUUCUCAAAGUUGCCACCUCAGGAGGUACGUUUUCUUUGUUUUGAUUUUUACUUUUUUCAUUAAGUACCGUGGAACAAUGGUGUCAAAAAUUGAGUGACGAACUAAGUUUAGGAUCCCGUCGUCAGAAUGCUUUCGAUAAUCUGGCACCACCGGGAGUGUACGUACGUACAAGUACGAUUAAUGUAGAAAGCUUCAAUCUUCAAUGUUUGAAAAAAAACAUCGAAAAUGAGUCCAGUGAGUCGAUUAAAAAUGAUAGAGCGCCAAAGUAUCCCCAACUCAAACAGCAGACAAGACUGAGGCAAUUCAAAACUUUAAGUGAUUCCUGGCUUGAAGGAAGGAUUGAUGAACGCAAGAUCAUGACCAACAAAAUAUCAACUAUGUGCCAUUCAUCGUGCUUGUUCGAAUUGAAUUUGUAGUAGCAUUAUGAAAUAGCAAUCACGACUCCAAAUUACUAUUGCCUUUGUCCCUUAAAUAUUCCUUGAUGUUCUAAUGGAUUUCACUACCGAGUAUUGAUCGUGUGUAUUCAUAGCCUGAGAAAGUGUCAAGAUAAACAAUUAAGUUGAUCAACCCCAUCAUCUUUUGUUCUUAUUGCUCGUUUUGUACCUUACCGCUAUUACGUUGAACAGUUUUUUACUUCGAUUGUCUAUAUGAAGCAGAAAACGGUACUGGGAAAUCAUUGAAAUUACGAGACAGUUCAUGUAAUUUUGCUCGUAGAAAACUAUCUGCUAGGGUACGUACUCUGUAUGACAAAAACUGUAAUAAUCAAAAACUUUGUCAAACAAAGUUCAGAAAGAGACAGCAAUUACCUCUGUUAUCUCAUUAAGAAAAUGCAAAAGGACGGAGGGGACCCAGAUUUCAGGAGUUGCGGUUUGGAUCGAUCGUGCCCUAGAAGUGUGACAACGCCUCAAGGCCAGGGUGUACGACUCGAUCAAUACCAAAGUAGCAUCACCGGGAAUCAAAACAAACGACAGAGACGACAGAGUCGACAGAGUUACUCUGGUCCAACGACCGUUGCCAUUGUUGCACAGACUUGUACCACAUUUUGUCCUGCUUCAACGAGGACAUCUCUUGCCGUGAUUCCGGACCAUGAUUUUGAAUGGUACGAUCUCGAAGCUAUUCGUAAAGUAGACAACAAGGAAAACACGAUCAUCGUCGGCCAUCAUGACUACAAUGCAGGUCUGCUCUUCACUACUGAGAGACAGGUCUUGGGAAAAGGAGCAGAGAUGAACAUGUUUAAUACAUCUAUCACCAUCGAAAGUGAUGACAGUGAAGGAAAAAGCAAGGAUGGGAAAAACAGCAGGGGAAAGAAAGGAAAGAAUAACAAAGGAAAUGAAGGGAAAAACAGACAAAAGAGGUUCUUUUGGGAGAAGAACGAUAACGACAUAAUCGAAGAAACGCCAGCCGAAAAAGAAGAACGAGAAUUUCGAGUACAAAUGCAAGAAUUGGAGCAAGAAAUGAGUAUUGAUUUAUCGUCUCAGUCGUCUGGAUCGAAACACAAUCGAAACAAGAAUGACAGCGACAAUGCUUUUUUUGCCACUUGGCGAGUUGGAGAUCCUGUCAUUCGAUACUAGUAUCAUCGAAAUAAGAUGUGCGUGUUGUAAACAAUUCAUUUGACGCGAUCCGCUCGGGAGCAUAUCUGGAUAGAAUUGAAUGAAGUUGCGAUUUCAGAAAAACUAUGAGUGGAGCCGUGUCCAACCACAACGAAAAUCCCGAUUUCGACGCAGGUACAUCGUUUUACCUGCAUGUUUCAUGAUUAUAUCAAAUGCAGCAGUAUACGGCGGUAUGCUGUUUGACUUGAACUGCCAUCAUUUAGAAAGAGUACGUAGGCGUAGUUAGUUGACAUUAGUUCCCAUUU